CUAAUAAUAUGAAUUUCUUGCUUAAAUCUGUCAGAACUCGGAAGUUGAACGUCAUAAUAGUGAACAAUGUUGAAAUUGGUGCAAAUACAUGCAUUGACAGGGGAAGGAAGAAAAAGUUGACAGUUCUCUUGAGUAUCUUAUUCUGUCCAGUGAUGGGCUACGGGACAUCGUCACAAACGAGGUUUGUAACAAUAAUCAUUUCAUUCCUUUUCACUUCUCUAUUGACUUUUGUAAAUUCCGAUGAAGAAGUCGUUGCUAUGAUUAAACCACUUGAGGGUGUUGAGGAGGCAUCAAAGAGACUGAUGCAAGAAGCAUAUCAGGGAGGUAACGCUGACAACAUUACUUGUGUUGUCGUUUGUUUCUUGAUGAACCAAGUAUGUUGUUCUAUACUAGCUCCGUGUAAAUAUCCGUGCUUAGAUAGAGGGUUUGUGCAUUGGUCAAGUGGUGGAUAUCCAAACAUGUGAAGCUUAGGAAAAAAUAGGUUAUAUCCGGAAUUAACAAAUUCAAUCUUGUUAUUAUUCUGCUAAAUAGAAUUGUUCUCACUGUAUCACUUACAUAAGUUGUAGCUAGGAAAAAAAUUAUGUG